GACGUGCUCGCAAGGCGGCGGGGCUUCGCGCACGCGGUUCCCAGCGCGGAGAGCCCGGGAGCGGACGGAGCGGGAGCCCAGGCUGCGCCCCCGCCGCGCCCCGACAGCCAGCGAUGCCCCGCAGCCUGCACGCCGCCGCCGUCCUCCUGCUCCUGUGCUUAAACGAACAGCCAGCCGCCUCGGCCCCGCUCCACGGAUCCAAGUGGAGCUAUUUUGGUCCAGAUGGGGAGAAGAGCUGGUCCAAGAAGUACCCAUCAUGUGGGGGCGUGCUGCAGUCCCCAAUAGACCUGCACAGUGACAUCCUCCAGUACGACGCCAGCCUUGUGCCCCUUGGGUUCCAAGGCUACAAUGUUUCUGCCAAUGAGCAGUUUCUCCUGACCAACGAUGGCCAUUCAGUGAGGCUGAACCUGCCCUCGGACAUGCACAUCCAGGGCCUCCGGUCCCGCUACAGUGCCGCCCAGCUGCACCUGCACUGGGGGAACCAGAAUGACCCUCACGGCUCCGAGCACACUGUCGGUGGGAAGCACUUUGCUGCUGAGCUGCAUAUUGUCCAUUAUAACUCGGACCUGUAUGCCAACGCCAGCACCGCCAGUAACAAGUCAGAGGGCCUCGCCGUCCUAGCUGUUCUCAUAGAGAUGGGUUCCUUCAAUCCAUCUUAUGACAAGAUCUUCAGGCACCUUCAAGAUGUCAAAUACAAAGGCCAAGAAGUGCUCAUUCCGGGUUUCAGCAUUGAAGAGCUGCUUCCUGAGAGGCCCGACGAAUACUACCGCUACAAAGGCUCCCUGACCACACCUCCUUGCCACCCCACAGUGCUCUGGACGGUCUUCCGGAACCCUGUGCAAAUUUCCCAGGAGCAGCUGCUAGCUUUGGAGACUGCUCUGUACUGCACACAUGUGGAUGACCCAUCCCCCAGAGAGAUGGUCAACAAUUUCCGGCGGGUCCAGAACUUUGAUGAGAGACUGGUGUAUAUCUCUUUCCGACAAGUUUCCUGGUCUGAAAACGUCAUCUGUGAACAAUAGUCCUUCUUAAACACAGAGAACAUAUAUGAUGAUGACUGUCAACUUCUUUUCUAGGAAAACGCCUCAAAUGUACAGAUCAUCCCUUUGUGAUCUAGUUUGGAUAUAAAUUUCUCUUUUCCCAUUCCUCUAAAUGGAGUAGUAGUCAAGGGUAAAUGGAAAAUACUUCAACUCUUCAAUAAAAUACAAAACAAAAAAACUACCUGGAGAUAAGGGACUUGGCCCACAUAGAUAAGGUAGAUCUUAUUUGUGAUUCAAGAUAAUGAUCAGAUCUCUUCUCUGGAUUGGUCUAUAUAAGUCACAGGGGAUACGGUCAUAAAGACUCCCCCUGCAGUCAGAAGACCUAGGUUCAAGGCCUCAAUUUGUUUCCUCCCUGCUGUAUGAUGUAAGCAAAUCAUGUCCUUUCUUUGGCCUUGGUUUCCUUAGCCAUAAAAUGAUAGGUUGGACAAGGUGAGCUAAUGUCCUUUCAACGUUAACAUGCUAUAGGAUUCGAAGUGGAUACUAACAACUGCCCAUCCUGACUUUACGUUGCAGGGACAGUGUUUGAGGGCAGUUACAAAGGAUCAGAAGAAACCACACAGGAACUUGAGUCUGACAUCCCAAAGUAACCUCCACUUGUAACAAUGGACUAUGGCACUGGGAAUAAUUAGCCAUCUUCUUAGACCAGCUCAGGUCUAAGUUGGCCCUCACAGAGUGGGCAGUGCAGUCAGGCUUGUAGCAGAGCGCUUCAGUAGACUCUCCCAGUCUGGCUGGGGAGCUUGAGGGGCCUCUUAGCAGAAGCCUGGAGACAAACUCCAAGCUCAGGGCAUCAAGAUCAAAGCCCAAAUGCAUCUUUGCCACUGCCGUUCCUGCACGGCUCACCCAGAACUGUUGCUUCCAAGAGCCCAGGCUGUGCCCAGCUCUCCCCUUGGAGUGAGAAACCCUGGCAGUCCAAGGCAAACCUGUUCAUUUGGAGGCUGAUUAUAGAAACUUGGCUAGAAUUGUCCCCUCCCACUUCUCGAAGACACAGGCAGCUACUGGGGCUGUUUCCCAAGGAACAAUGGGGAGGGCGGCCACAAAGGAGAGAAGCCCCAAACCUCACCCCCCCGGGGGCACCUGCAUUUAUGAAGGGCUCUCACACCAACUUGGAGGGGCCUCAGACCAUAACAUGCCAUUUCAGGUUUAUGGAGUGAGCGUGUGUCAGUGUGAACCUUUAGCAAUUGUGCUGAAUUAUCUGUAAACUUCCAUUAAGGCAAACUUGUAAUUAGGGCCUGAUUUAUUCAGAGCUUUCUCUGGAAGUUAACAGGAACUAUGGAGUUGGAACAUUGAGCCAGGAGAAAAGUGAUGUUAAGGAAAUCCUCUAGGAGAGAAAGUGCAAGGACUUUGAGAGUAGGCUCUGCGGUUUAGCCAAAUUGGAACAACUGGGACUAAAUCAUUUAACUUUACCAUGCUUCCUCAACUGUGCUUAGAAAGGAAUAAAGAACUUAAUUUCUGUCCUUAAGAGGUAGUAAUCUGUCCUUAAGGGGUAGUCUAUGAUUUAGCCCUAGGGCAGGGUUUCUUAACCUUGGUGCUAUUGACAUUUUGGUCUGGAUAAUUCUCACUGGGGGGCUGUCCUGUGCAUUGCAUUGCCCUCUCCCCACUAGAUGCCUAUAGCAUCCCCCCACUUUUGAAUGCCAAAAAUGUCUCCAGACAUUGCCAAAUGUCUCCAGGGCAUGAGGGGCAAAAUUGAGAACCACUACCUAGGAAUUACACGAUGAAUUUCCUAGGCCCAUGCUGAUUUUUUUUUUUCACUUAUAUGACAGGAUUCUGGAGUUUUCUAUCAUAUGCCCUGGUCUUUCCUGUAUUACAGCAUGACAUUUUCAAAUUGGUGAUGGCUACCCUUGAAACCGAAAGGUUGUUGGGUUACUAAGGUAGAACAACCAAACUCAAGAGAAACCCUGUUCCCUACCUUCCUUUAGAAUUUGAAUAUACCUGCCUUUUGUAUAAUUGGCUAUGUCCAAGGCCAAGAGAAGUAGACAGGUGAGAACUAUCCACCCUUAAGAGAAGCAUACAAACCCCUUUAUCAGGGCUCCAGAUGCCUCGGAGGCAGCAAUUUGCUUCGGAAACUCAUUAUCAUUUUCCCCCCUCGCUUUUAUACCAUUUUUUCUCUCAUGUGUGUUGUGUUUCUUGUUGCCUUUAGUUAAAAUGACCACUCUUUAUGGAGAGGUGAAAGUCAUGUCAGGCACUUUUUUUUUUUAAGCUCUUGUGAAAGUGCCUCUUCCAAGGGGUACAAAUGGAGGACUUGAGCUGAAGAGGGGAGACAAGAGUCAUUGCCCUCAAGGUGGGACCCCAGAGAGGGGGGAGACAUCCUGUGGCCAGACCAGAUCUCACAGGAGUCAGAUGCCCUCUGUGAAGAAGGAGAAAGAUGGCACGGGCAGAUUUACAGCCCAGGAGCCUGAUUCUUAGUUCCUUCACGUUGACCUCUUCCAAGCUAAAGAUAGCAACACUGGGUCCUGACGGUGGUGGGUAAUAAAGCAAGAGCCUAUAGAACCCAAAUGCUAAUGUUAUCUAGUCCUGUUUUUAAUAUACCAGGGCCAGGGACACUCGAGGGACAAGGGGAAGCCAAAGAGUUUCUAUAAUCAUGCGUUAGUGGGCUUUCGCUGAGCAACUGCAUGUUCCCCACUGCAGAGCCCAGAGCCAGCUGAGGCACUCUUAGACAAGAGCGCUGGACAGUAGUGGGGCAGGGCUUUGACCCGUGCUAAAUCUGUGGAGUCGCACGAUUAGAAUCCGCUUGACCCUUAGAGACCUGGGGAGUUUUAUAAAACCUUUAAAAAGAGGAAAAACUCUUACAAAGCUAAGAUGGCUAAUUAUCUACUUUUUGACACUAGACUGUAUGCUUUGUGGUUAUUGACCUCUUGUUUCUAAAAGUUCCUAUUUUUAAAUAAAAACUAUUAGAUGGAAAGUAUCAAGUCUACUGAGACAUCCAAAUGAAAGACAGAGG